AUGUCACCCCGGUCCUUCGUCAAGAAUUUGACCUUCCAGUCCAACGACCUCGGCCAGGCCCAGACCAUACUGGUGUAUUUUCCACCCCCAGACUUUGUAAACAAAGGAGACAUUAUGCCCACGCCCGUACUCUACCUCAGCGAUAUUGGUUCACUCCGGUCCCUGCGCGUCUACAUCACGUCCGACUACGAAGAGACCGAUAUUGUACGAAACCAAGUCGACACUCCUGCGAUGUGGACGCAGGACCUCACUAACGCUUGCCCAGAGCACGACUUGGAACCUCCCGCGCGACCCGAAACACUGAAUACUUGCUUUUCCAGAGCUCGGGCCGUGAAUGGGAACACCAUCAGCGCUGAAACCUCCGUGAACAUCAUCAACACCAUGAUGCAGAGCGGCGAGAAAACCCUGACAGAAGCCAAUGAUGUCUAUCGUUUCUCUGUAAGUCUGGCUUCCGCUUAUUUCAUCUCGACCACCGACGAAUAUCUCGUUUGA